GCAACUGGCCGCUGAGAGGAAAGAAAUCCACGGUUUUUGAGGGAGGCACCUUGGUCCCGGCCUUCAUGUACAGCAGAGUUCUGUUCCCUGAUGCUCCGCGGGAUUACAACGGUCUGCUUCACGUCACAGACUUACCUGUCACCAUCAUCAACCUGGCAAACAACUCAACCACACCAGUGGUCAUCCCCAACGUAGAUGGCAAAAAUCAAUGGCUAGCAAUAAAGCAGAACGGGUCGAGCAAAAGGGACAAGAUGGUGUAUCAGAUGUGGCUGGAUGUAGGAGCUGUAAGAGUUGGCCAGUUCAAGCUCGUCUACCAUAAAAGAGGUCCGUGUUCCGGGUGGCAAAAUCCUCUUUCAGGCGUUAACACAACUCUCCCCGAAAACGUGGACGAUUGCAAAGGGUAUAUGCUGUUCGACUUGAACAACGACCCUUACGAAAUAAACGAUUUGUCUAAAGACCCGCAAUACACCCAGCAAAUGAGCAUCGUGAUGAAUUAUUUUAACAAGGAGAAGGCGAGAAGAAUACCUGCUCAGAUCUCAGGUAUGGAUCCCAACAUGCCUGGUGCUGGUGCAGACUGGACACCCGGGUGGUGUGAUGCAGCCAAUUCAGCCUAACAAUGUUACUGACCUGACACCCAGGAAGAGUUAUUACAAUUGUCAAUGUACCCAUCAUUGUCUAGGCCAUGAAACGAGCGAUUACAAAAUGCUCACUGAAGAUAAAUUACGAUGAAUCUGAUGUUAUAUUGAAUUACUUGUGAAAGUAAACAAACAUCUUCGCAUC